CCACCACCACCACCACACACACGAGGUCGUUUUGUGUGGCCCCGCAAAAACCUCGAUGCUCAAGUCCAGGACUUUCGUGAAGAAGAACCGCUCCGGCGGGGUCAUGAAGGUGGUGAGGGAGCACUACCUGAGGGACGACAUCGGCUGUGGCUGGGCCCUUUGCGUCGAGUGCGCGGCCUUAGCCGCCAAGGCCGCGCCGCGGGCCCAGGAGCCGGCGGAGGGAGCAGGCCCCGCCGGGCUGUUGCAGGCCCGGCCCGGGGCGCGCAGCGGCCUCUGUGACGGUGGCGCCCACGUCGUGAUCCCGGACAGCAACGUGGUGCUGCACCAGAUUGACCUGCUGGAGGACCCGUGCCUGCUUAACGUGGUGAUUCUGCAGACCGUGUUGCAGGAGAUCCGCCAUCGUUCCGCUCCCGUCUACAAGAGACUCCGCGACAUCAUCUCAACUCCGCAGAAACACUUCUACGCCUUCACCAAUGAGCACCAUCGAGACACGUACGUGGAGCAGGAGAAGGGGGAGUCUUCCAAUGACCGUAACGACCGAGCCAUCCGCGUGGCCGCCCGCUGGUACAACCAGCACCUGGCCAAGACAUCGGAGGAGUCCGGGCGCAAUGAAAAUGGCGAUCCGCCCACAGUGCUGCUCGUGACGAAUGACCGCGAGAACCGGGAGAAGGCGCGUGCUGAGGGGUUGCAAGCGUACACCGUGGAGGAAUAUGUGCGCAGCUUGCUGGACAACCCUGAGUUGAUUGACCGUCUGGCACUGGCCUCGGAGCAGGAUGUGGUGGAGUCCCGGGUAAUCUUCCCCGAACAUCUCCCGCUGUCCCAGCUGCAGCAAGGUGUGCGCUCCGGCCGGUUUGUCCAGGGAACCUUCCUUGCGAGUCGGGAGAAUUACCUGGAGGGGACUCUGAGGGUGCGAGGGGACGGUGACAGUGAUAAAGAGGUGUUGAUCCAGGGGCUGCAGCAUUUAAACCGCGCGAUGCAUGACGACGUCGUGUGCGUGGAGAUGUUCCCCGAGGAGCGCUGGGUGGCCCCCUCCUCGCUGGUCCUGCACGAUGAGGGCAUCUCAGGGGACGUUGCAGAAGAGAAGGAGGAAGAUGUGGUGCUGCAAGCCGGAAGUGGGAAGAUGCGUCGGCCCACUGGCAAAGUGGUCGGGAUCAUCAAGCGGAACUCGAGGCCGCUGUGCGGCAUGCUCAUGCCCAGCCCAAUCAAGGAGGCCACCCGCCACCUGUUCACGCCCGCGGACCGCCGCAUGCCACGAGUGCGGGUGGAGACAAGACAAGCGGCGGCCCUGCAGGCCCACCGCAUCGUGGUGGCCAUCGAUGGCUGGCUGCGACACUCCCGCUACCCGAACGGCCAUUUUGUGCGGUCUCUGGGCGAAUGUGGGGAUAAGGAGACGGAGACCGAGGUGCUGCUGCUGGAGCACGACGUGCCACACCAGCCCUUCAGCCAGGCCGUACUUGCCUGCCUGCCCUCUCCCACAUUCAGCAUCACAGCAGAGGACCAGGCUGGCAGGGAGGACCUUCGUGCGUUGUCUAUCUGCAGUGUGGAUCCUCCAGGCUGCACAGACAUCGACGAUGCCCUACACUGCAGACCGCUCGACAAUGGGAACACCGAGGUCGGGGUACACAUCGCCGAUGUGAGCUACUUUAUCCGGCCGGGGAAUGCCUUGGACGAGGAGGCAUCUCUGCGUGGUACCACAGUUUACCUGUGUGAGAAGAGGAUUGAUAUGGUGCCAGAGUUAUUGAGCUCAAACCUGUGUUCCUUGAGAUCCAACGUCGACCGGCUGGCGUUCUCCUGCAUAUGGGAGAUGACUCCAAAGGCUGAGAUCGUGAGCACACGUUUUACCAAGAGCAUCAUCAAUUCCAAGGCGUCUCUGACGUACGCAGAGGCCCAGCUGAUGAUGGACGACGCUGGGCGGAAGGACGCGGUCACCAGCAGCCUGCGUGGCCUCAACUCCCUUGCCAAGAUCCUCAAGCAGAGGCGCAUUCAAAACGGGGCGUUGACUCUGGCAUCCCCUGAGGUCCGAUUCCACAUGGACAGCGAAACCCACGACCCGAUCGACCUGCAGACCAAGGAACUCAAGGAGACCAACUCGAUGGUGGAGGAGUUCAUGUUGCUCGCCAACAUCUCCGUGGCGGAGCGCAUCGUAGACGAAUUCCCCGAGUGUGCGCUGCUCCGACGCCACCCGGCGCCUCCGCCUUCCAACUACGACAUCUUGGUGAAGGCGGCGAAAUCAAAGGACAUCGAGAUUCAGGUGGACUCGGCGAAGGCGUUGGCCGAGUCCCUGGACCGGGCGGCGGUGCCGGGUGCGCCACCAUACCUCAACACUUUGCUGCGCAUCCUGGCCACACGCUGCAUGAUGCAGGCCAUCUACUUCUGCUCCGGCAUGGAGCCCGACACCCACCACUACGGGCUCGCCACCGCCAUCUACACCCACUUCACGUCGCCCAUUCGCCGAUAUUCGGAUGUGAUUGUGCACCGGCUGCUGGCCGUGUGCGUGGGCGCCGACCCCACGUACCCGGCGCUCACUGACAAGCAGAAGCAGCAGCAGCUCUGCAACAACCUCAACUACCGCCACAAGAUGGCGCAGUACGCCCAACGCUCGUCUGUGGCUUUCCACACGCAGUUGUUCUUCAAGAGCAAGGGAGUGGUGAGCGAAGAGGGCUUCGUGCUGUUUGUGCGCAAGAACGCCGUGGUGGUGCUCAUUCCCAAGUACGGCUUGGAGGGGACGGUUUUCUUUGAAUCCAAAGAUCUGAAGCUCAACGUUACCUUCGACGAGGAGGGUCCCACGCUGUGCGUGCAGGGCAUCGUGCUGAACAUGUUCGACCGCGUGUGCGUGCGCGUGUCGCUGGAUUCGUCCAACCUGCAGCACCAGCGGAUCCGCAUGCACCUCGUCCGCCCGGAGAUUCCAGGCUACAACCCUCCGGAGUCCACCCCAUGGGGCUCGCCUUCUCCCCGGCCUAAAAAACCCAGGCAGCACUAGUGCAUCGUGGAUGCGUGUGCACUGCGGUGUCAACAAGAUGUAGGAGGAGGUGCAUGAGUGGGCAUACACUCUGGGUUUUACAUCUGCAGAGUUAAUUAAGUGUACAUUGUGCUCGCAAGCAGAGGUGAACAAUUGAUAAAAAAUCAGUGGCGGUUAUGAGAAACGCUACCCUGAAGUAAUGGACGAUUUGCACUCUGAACUUGCAAUCCAGAGGUCGCCGGUUCGUUCUCCUGUCGCAGCGGUUGAAAUAAUAGCGCAAUUUUUUAAAAUUUACAAUUUUUACCUUGCCAACCAGUACAAACAGCCAAUUCAGGUGUGUAAGCAUCAAGAUGUAUGAAUAGUUUAGGACUGCUUAUGCCCCACUUUUUUGCCAGCCAAGACACUGUGACCCCCUUGUGAUGAAGGUGAUUUCACAAAAAUAUUGGUUACUGAAUCAGUGGUGUUUAUUGACUAAUGCAGCAGUGUCCGACCCACAAAGCAUUGUGAUCCAUUCUGGUAUAUCUCAACAUGUUCCGUGAUCCACCGGCAAGAUAUGACCAACAGUUACUGACUAAUAGAACACUAUAUACAUGCCAAGUGCUAGUGCGAUCUAUUGGUUUACAAUAUAUUGUUAAUCUAUUAAUUCUAUGAGAUCUCUUUUACCAGUGGCAAAAUAUAAUAGUAGGUUUUUACCCUUUUAACUGGUACAAAAAAGGUGUCAGUUUUGUACCAGUUAAAAGGGUAAAAACCUACUAUUAAUCUAUUAAUUCUUAGACGGGGAUUUUGUUUUGCCAUCUGCUAUAACAAGAAUUGCUUCAUAUUAGAGGUGUUUAUGCUUAUUUCCUGAGAUCAACAAACAAUCUUUUGCGAUCAUCCACCCAUGGAUCGUGAUUCACAUAUCGACUUCCACUGAUCUAACAGUUGAAAACCAGUUUAACACGUAGGCUUUCACGACCAAUAUCAUCCAUAACACAGGUUUUUUGGGUUAGAUCGCGUAAAUAUAUAUGUCUGUAAACCCGCCACCACCCGACACAGCCAAUUCCUAAGAUUUGUCACAUUAACAGAACAUGCCAAUUCGUUACUAGUGAAAAGGAGUCGGAGAAUGGUUAAAGCACUUCUUUAUGUCUCCAACGCACAGCAACACUCGUUCCAAAACCAACCCCGAACCCACGUCUCACAGCCCCUUUUAACCCCUCCAUCUCCGCCCUGGUUCCCAAUACACAUCCGCGUCGGGCACGCCUGGUCCGGGUGACGUCACUGCCCUUUAACCCCUGACCCCUGUCCAGCGCAUUCCCGUGCGUGUUAUAGUGAGAGCGGAGAUGUCGUGUCUGCGUGGUGCGUGUCCGUGAGGGUGGCUCGCAGAUCCCUUACACUAGUAACAGAGCAAAGCCACAAUAUUUACAAUCCGAGUACGAUGUUUCGCCAGUAAUUACAACUAGAUUCAUCAGGCGACAGCCAGAUUCGUGGAGAAUCUUUGUUCAUUAAUGCGCAUGCAUAAUGUAUGUUGAUUAACAUAUAAAUAACCCAAUCGGCAAUGGAUACCCAUAAUCUUAAGCUUUCAUUAAUCCCCCCCCCCCCCCCAAUUCACGAAAGAAGUGCUCACAAGUGAUGCCAUCACAUCUACCUCUCUUUAAGGAACGAAAAAAAUCUGGCUGUCGCCUGAUGAAGCUAGUUAUUGGCGAAACGUACUUAGAUUGUAAAUGUUGUGGCUUUGCUCUCCAACAAACUGGUGUACUGUACUAGUAACGAAUUGACAUGUUACAUGACAAACCUUAAUAAUUGGCUGUCGGGUGGUGGUGGGUUUAACAACACAUUUAAACGAUCUAACCCAUAAACCUGUAUUAUAGUUGAAAACCUACAAUUGUGCCAGGUUUGGCCUGUCGGAGUGGGCCAUUAGGGCGGCCACUCGGAGGGCAAAGCUCUGGGGAAUCCGAGCAAGAGCUACGAAGUAUGAUUGUGCAUGGUGAUACCCGCACAGGUCACGUGAUGGAUGGCAAAUGGAAUUUUUUUUUUAUCGCGAGAGGAUUCCCUGCAAGGGAUGUUAGGUUACUUAUUCUUAUGUGGAGCCAUUUACUGUAUGAAGGGGCAGCGGUCAGCCACAUAGAACAGAGUAUAAAAUUCCCCGAGCUGUCGCUGUUUAAAUCGUCGGUUUAACAGAGAAUUUCACUUCAGGUUUUUUACACAGCUGCCCCCCCCCCCCAAUUGGACUCUGUGCAACCACACAAGGAAUGUUUUUGGAAAAAAAAAUGUCGGUGUCAGAAAAUGUAAAAGUUUAAUCGUUUACAAAUGCACAUUUCGUUAGAGCUGUUAUUGUCUUUUAGACAUGCAAAAUUAAUUUAUGACAAAAUAUUGACACGUUUUCAAAUUGUUUCAUAAAUGGUCGUAACCUUGCUCACGUAUAUACUUGGGCAAUAAUUCUGAGCUCCUGGAGUAGUUUCAGUUUUUUCAGUUUUUUUCAGUUUUAUUGUGUAUAGCUCUGUGAGCCAUUCGGCUCUUGAAUCGGGUGCAACCGCAACAAACAAAAACAUGAACAAAAAAACAUCUUGAAGCGACUAUGUGCAAACAGAAAAUCCAAGAAAAGACAGCAAAAUAUUGCAGAAAAAUUACCGUACACCAACGCUGUGUGCAAAAAUCCCAGUGGGAUGCAAGUCAAACAACAACAACCACAAGACAACUUGAUAAAGAUUUAAGCGAGUUGAUGUCUUGGCGACUUUGUGUAAAUGUGUUUAACAUUUUUUAGCUGAAUCGUAUAUUUACAAGCAUGUACACGUCAUGAGUUAUACGCGUUUAUAUACAAAAUGAAACCGAUUUAUUUUCCAAG